ACGAGCAUUCGACAAGCAGUUUCAGUAGUCGUGGUCGAGAGAAGAAGCAGCAACUGUACUACCACGUUACCUGGAAGACUGGAAGGCUGAAAGUACCAUAAUCACCAUUCCAAUCGAGGCCCAACAUUCCGACAACCAGGAAGAUGAUAUCGUCACUCCAAAAAGCGAUGCUCCUCUCCCUCGUGGGCAUCGUUUCCGCGCAAACAAGCACCUGGGGUGAACCCUUCACGGUCGAAGCGUCCAAUCUCCCCGCCACUUCGACAGAGGUUGCGCUGCCCUCGGCCUUGAUACCACAGGCAACAACUUCAACAUGGGGCCAGCCAUUCACAGUAGAAGUAUCGGAAUCUGCCCCGGGCACCACGCGCACUGCGGUCCUUAGUAUCUCAACACCGCAAGCAUCAACCUCAUCGUGGGGCGAGCCAUUCACGGUCGACAACAGUGCGACAUUUACUUCGGUCGUGACUUCAAACACCGGUACAGAGAGCCUGGCUGUCGACACGGUGACACCAACGCCACUUGUAUCGAAUUCUACAGUCGUAAGCGUGAAGACGAGUUCAGCGUCCAGCACAGCGAGCACGAGCAGUACGACGACGGAAUCCGAAUCUCCUACCGGCAGUGAGAGUUCAACGGGUACUUCGCGACCUAGUACAGUUCCUGGUGCAGCAGCGCCGCUGGGAAGCGUUCACAAGAUGACUGUGGCUGGUGUAGUCGUAUGUGCUGUGGCAAUCAUAUUUGCUUAGCCGGAAGGCGACAUGAAGCAGGGAGUGAGGGAGCGAGCGAAAGGGAGGUUAAUGCGGAAGCGAUCAAGAGUACAGGAAGGGUGCAUAAUGCUUAAGAUGAUGGGAUAUUGCUUGCAUUUGAGAAUCCAGAUUAUGGGACAUUAUGGCAAAUCAUGAGCAUGACUCUCACAAGAGCUUUUUUUCUCCUAGAAUAGAAUUCUUGUUUCAAAACAAUUUUCUUCUUCUAGAAUACAAAAAAGAAAAUGAUCAUGUGAUUUUCAAUAUCCA